AAACCGGAGAGAUUGGAAAUUCGAGUAGUUUCUCGAUUUAGGGUUACAGAUCCAGAACCUGGCACUGUAAAUGGAGAUACAACCAUCAAAUGAGGUUCCACCGCCGUCGGUGAACUCAGCCAGUGAUGCUGAGCAACCACAUGAUGAUGCUGUGGUGCCUGAUGCAUCGAAUCACGAAUCCAAGGAGUCCAAGAAUGAGAUUGCUGAUGGUGAAGUUAGAGGCAUACUGGAAGUUAUUGCAUCCACUGGGAGAUUUUGGCAUGAUUGGGAUAAGUUAAAGGGCAUGCUAUCCUUUCAGCUGAAGCAGGUUCUGUCAGAGUAUCCUGAUGCAGAAAAGACUAGCGAGCAGCAAAAUACUGCUUUAGGAGAAACUUACCUAGAACUGGUGAAGAGGUUGGAUGAAGUGUGUUUCUUCAUUGCAGCUCUUCAUGGUUUUACCGAAGGUCCUCCAUUUACGCUUCAAAGGCUCUGUGAGAUCCUUUUGGAUGCACGCAGAAUCUACCCAAACCUCUCAAAGCUUGCUCUAGCUCUAGAAAAGAACCUAUUGGUGACAUCUAUGCUGACUAUCUCAACGGAUCCGUAUCCGCAAUCAGCGUUGCAAAAUGCAGUUGAACCAGAAAAAGCAAGUGAAGAACCUAAACUUCACUCUGACUCGAUGCAAAAUGGGGUGGAACCUAUGGUAGGUGACAGGGAUGAAGUGAUGGUAGAGGUUGAGCAGGCUGAUAUUGACGAUGACAUGGCCAUUGCCAUGGAAGCUUUUGAAGAUAUAGUUUCAUCAGAAACAAAUUCAGUACAGACCAAUAACUCUUAGUCUUCAAGUAGGGGUCAAGUAUUGCCUGUUCUACGGAGCUCACCGGUUCAUAUGUUUUCUGUUGAUCUGAGACUGAAAGUCUACAUGAGAUAUCUGGUAUUCGGCUCGAUAAGCCAUCAAUUUAGCAACAAAGGAAAACAUGGAUCAUAGGCGCAUAGAUUCACCUUCUUAUUUUAUGUAUGCUUGAAUGAUGUAAUGAUACAAUAUGAGGAUACAAUAUGAGCAGUUAAGUUGAUUAUCAUCAGUUGGCA